GACGAACUCCAUCAGCGUCGAUUGAUCAAUUGAUUUCUGGUAUUACCAUGUCCUAGCCACCUUCCCUGCUGUCCAACAGUCCAGUCCAAUCCAACUUCAGGAACCAUAAUAAGCAAGAAAGAAAAGAAUGCCCCGUUCCCUCUUAACCACCAUCCUUAUUCAAUCCACCGUCUUGAAUGCGAUCUCCAAUAUCCUGGCUCAAGUGAUUGACCAGUACAACAAAGAUGGCCCAUUCACACUCAACACCCCCGCCCUCCUCCAAUUCAUAACCUACGCCAUCAUCAUCGUCCCCAUAAACUUCUACUUCCAGAACUGGCUCGAAUCCACCUUCCCCGGCUUUCCCACCUGGCAGAGGAGCCCCGCACAUCUGCGCCGGUCUUCAACAGGUUGGUCCUGGGGUCUGGCAGAUGCGCGCCCCGCCCCAAACCCAACUCUCGACCUCGACGUGGUCGUCGACAUCUUACCGGCUGUGAAAGAAAAGGCCGCGACAACGGUAACGACACGCUCCUUUCAGCCGAGGAAGAAGAGAUCGGGGACGUGGAACUUCGGGAUGAAGUUCUUGCUAGAUCAGACGGUUGGGUCGGUGUUGAAUAUUGUGCUUUUUGUGAUGUUGAUUAAUUUGCUGAAGGGGUUGGAGUGGGGGGUUGUUUGGGGGUUGGUUUGCGAGGACUUCAUGCCCAUCAUGAUCGCGCGUCUCAAAUAUCGCCCCGUCGUCUCAACGCUUAUGUACACGGUUGUACCGGUCGAGCGACGAGUCGUGUUUGGUAGUGCGUGUGGAGUCAUCUGGGGGGUUUAUUUAAGUUUAUAUGCGGCUGUUUAA